AUGGUUACAUACGGAAGAAAGCUAUUGGGAACUUAUACUGACAGAAAUAAAGAAAAUCGGCUGCCAUUAUCGCCGACGUAUCCCGAUUCACCCUCGUCUCAGGCCGCUUGUUCCCUUACAAAACCGAGAGAACAUAAUCAAGUACUCUCACAAAUAAAACAAGUUCGCGAGAAACCCUGGUUCGAACACAUGCGCGAACUCCAGGACGCUAUUAAGACGAAGGACAGGAGGGAAGCGCUUAGUGCCGCAUCGAGAGCGUUGAAUGAAUUUACGGGGUAUUCGGACGUUGAAAAGUUGAAAGAAAAAGUUAUUAAGCAGGAAAACGAAUUUUUCGAAACACGACAACGCUUAAACCUCGCAAAACGCGCCUACGAAGAUGCAAUAUCUGCUCGUUCCGCAACACAACACGAAAUCAACGACCUUCUCCAACGAAAACACCAAUGGACCAACGAGGACGUGACGCGAUUCACCGAAUUGUAUCGUAUCGAGCACUUGAACGAACAAGCAGAGUCCGCAGCCAAAGACGAAUAUCUUGAGUGCGAGAAACAGGUCGAAAAGGAGUACACAGAGUUGACUAAAUCGAUAAUGAUGCGGUAUCAUGAGGAACAGAUUUGGAGUGACAAGAUUCGAAGUGCGUCCACCUAUGGAACUAUUGGGCUGAUGGCGUUGAACGUAGUCUUGUUUAUUUGUGUGCAGACUGUGUUUGAACCAAUGAAAAGGCAAAAGUUGGCAGAUAAAUUUGAAGAGUUGUUGCUGACAAAGUUUAAUAGUAAUGUUGGAACAUCGUCACCACCAAUAGCUCCAGUAGGAGCAGCUAAUAAUCAUAGCAAUGGAAAUGAAAGAGAUGGUGGAAUCACUAGUGAACAAUUAGUUUCUAUUAUUGACCUUGUAAAGGGGCAAGAAGACAAAAUUGACGAAAUGGUCCAAUUACAGAAAUCAUUAUUGCUAGAGAAUACUCUGAUCAAGGAUAAUAUUGUUGUUCCGCCAUUGGAUGAACAAAAUCCUAAAACAUUAAUUAAAGCUGGUGCUGCUGAUGCUAAGGACAUUGAAGGUAGAAUGUUUGGGACUGGUUUUAUUGUGGGUGCUAUUGUGGGAGCCUUGAUUACGAAGCUUUGGACAUCGUUGAAUCGGUAG